GUAAACAGCGCGUCACCUGACCGUCCCGUCCAGCAACAGCGCCAGCAAAGUCGAGUCUGUAGACUUGAGUUUGCAGCGACAAUCUGAUCGAUCAUGACGACUCACGAGUUUUUUGUUGAUAUGACAUGUGAAGGAUGCUCUGGUGCAGUCACUCGAGUACUUAAUAAACUGGAUGUCAAGUUUGAUAUUGAUCUCCCCAACAAGAAGGUCUUCAUUGAGUCAGACAAAAACACAGAUGUCCUUCUGGAAACUCUAAAAAAGACUGGAAAAACUGUUACCUACAUUGGUACAAAAUGAAAAGUUUUACAUUAAAAACAAUAAGGUCAGAAUCAUGCUGCUUUGGAGAUUAUGAAGUGGGACUCCUUCAUUGGCCUGUACAUUACAUAUCUGAUCAAUUAUUAUGUAUCUGCGGGACCACAGAAGGAAAUUUGUUCAGCAGAACCACAAACAACUACCAGGCUUUGCAUUUUUCUUUUUACAAUUAUAAGAAUCUUAGUUAAAGCCAAUCCGUUAAAAGUGUGGUCUUUUUCUCACUACACUUAUCUACAUGUAAUUGCAUUUGUCCAGAUGUUUAAAUAAAGAUUCCUGUAUUUACUCGAAGGAAAACAAAA